AUGAUUGCCGAUCACUGCUCGUUCAUCGAACCCGACAGUAUCUUCGUCAUUUCCGUCGCCGGCAACAAGCUCCAUCCAAGAGACAGACACGACACAGAGCAGCAGCCGUCAUCCUCUCCGCCAAACUCUGUUACCGUCAAACCCUUUCGCCGUUGCCCUGUUUCCAUCGAACCCCGUCGUCGUCAAUCGAAACCGGUAGGCGGUAGUAUCUUCGUCGUCCUCGUCGCUGGCGCAAGCUCCGGUCAAGAGACACGACAUAGCAGCCCUCGUCCUCUCUGCUAG